CGCAGUGGAUGAACGGGUGGUUUUCGCUCCUCUUGGUGAUGAAGGGACGCGAUGGGGCGGGUUGUGGGGCUGCUGCUGCUCCUGCUGCUCGUCUGCAGCCGCAGGUCUGUGAGCCAGGUGUGUGUAGAAAAAACACUCGUGUUCCGAAGUAACACCCCGUACCCUACCAGUACCAUCACUGAGCCCGGUGGACGUGAACUGUUCUGUGUGCAGCCGGAUGACCCAAAGCUGAAUUAUUUCCAACAGCCACAGGAUAUAAAAGAAUCUGAUUUUAUGAAGUUCUUAGAGAAAUAUGGCAGGCACUCUUUCUCAGCACCAUCACAAGCCCCAUCAUCAGGAUCUGCCUUUUACCGGGCUGGCGAUCCAAUCCUAAUCUACUUUGAUUCAUCAUCUGUGCUGAGCACGCUUAGACAGCCAGGAAAAAUGGGAACCAGUGGACUUUGUGUUGAUGGAAAUCCUGCUGGCUUCCUGGACAGUAAAAGCACAAGCUGUACUCGGAUUUUUACCAACUUGAGCAAGAGCUGCAUUUCUGACCCUGCCCUGGAUGCUGCCUCCUACUACCGUGACUUCACUGUGCUAAAGGUCCCGAUUAAUGACACCAUUGUGCCGUCCAUGAAGGUAAAGAUCACUGCAGUCGCACCACCAGGAGCUCCCCACAUGAAAGACAACAUAUGUCAUAACGUCGUUUCUGAGGUGAUCUACGAGAUUGAAUUCAGUGGCACACAUGGGAUUCGGAAUGUUUCUGUCCAGUUCAGAGUGAACAACGUCUCUGGGAAUUCAGGAUCCUCCCUGCAGCAGCACUUCACUUUGCGCUUCUGGACCAGGACUCUUUCUCAUACAUUGCCCAGAAGUGGAAACCCUGGCUAUAUCACCGGAGCACCACUGUUGGUUGCGAACAGUGGUGUUGUGCAACAUAUGAGCACUUUACGAAGCGAAGGUGAUGGAAGUUGCUCACAAUUUCUCAGACACACAGUACAAUUUGGAAGAAAUAUGAGGACUGGCUGCAAGUUCAGUCUAUCCCCAAUACCAGAAGAAAGUAACUGUAGUUACAUCCAGCAGAAGUUAUACAAUGCUCUUCACGGGAUGAACAGAGCAGAGGACCUUGCUAUUACUGGCAGUGCUCAGUCAAACCAGGCAGAAGACUGGACAAGCAUUCUGAUUCAGAACUGCAGUGCGCAGGCUGUGAAUUCCACUUCCUAUUGCAUGGUUCCUGUGACCCUGGAGAUACAGAUAUUGUGGGCUAGGGUGGGCCUCCUGUCCAUGCCAGAAGCUCAAAUACUGAGUGCGCGAUACUUUUAUCGGUGUCACCCCCUGAAGUUCCUACGCACAAGCGCGAUACCCUUGACAACUGUUGUUACCUUCACUGACGUGACAGAAUGGCCAGAACCUCCACGAGGCCAGCCCCAAGUGCACCAGAAGUUCCCAUUUGACAUCUUUUUCCCAUUCAAGUUGGCAAUGACUAUAGAAAGAACUUACAGAAGUGAUCUGGUUGUCUCUUUGUUGUUGAUUCUAAUAAUUUCUGGUAUUCUCUGCUAUUGAAAAGUCAAAUAGAUGGGGCCUCUACUUCAGAUUUGGUGAGUGUAUUGAUACACUCAGAAUAUUAUCCAGAUCGUGGACUUUUUCUCCUCAUGUUCUUAUACUGUGCCUAUGAUAGCUGUGUGCUUUCUGUUCUUGGAUUAAGCCACGUGACUAGUGUCUCUCCUGCGUCCUCUCAUGCCCCUGUUCCCCAUAUGCACCAUCUGCGAACCUCACUGCAGUGAAACACUUGAGAGAUGGAGGGAUCAAGACAUGUAUUAACAAGGAACGAGGAGGAGGAUGUGAAAACCAACAUUCCGUGUUCCCAGAAACAAGACUGCUUUCUAAACCAAGGAGUAUGGAGAAAGGAACAAAGUUCAGUCCAACCACUGUGGAGCUGCAUGCAGUCAUCUGGCUGUUGGAGAAGCGUGAGCUUUUUCUACAUGGAACAAACUAAACAUUUAAAAUACAGGACCCCUCCCAGGCAGCCUGAAUUACUAUUUUAUGAGUAGACAUGUCUGACAGGCACUGUUGACCUGUCCUCGUUACAUGACAACCAUGCCUCUGUGACAGUUUUUGAGUCUUAUUUUUCUGUGUCUUUUCAAAUACAGAUAUUCAAUUGAAGUUCUCAUGUUUUAAUCGCUGUUCAUGUUAUCAGCAGCAUUACAAAGUAAUUGUGAAUGUCCCAUCCUCUGAAAUACAAUCGAAUUUUAUUUAUUUGCCAAAACAGCUUCCUUCUUGAUCUUUUUUUCUUGAAGAAAGAGGCUGAAUAUGGGUUUUCCUAGAUAGGAAGCAUUCUCUUAUGACUUCAGAUAGGAACUGGACUUACAAUGAUAGCCACUUCUAGAUGGCACAUCAGAGAGAGCUGUGAACAACCCUAAAGGAAAAAAUCGAUGAUUUGGAGAAGAAUUUGUAGUUAUGAGAGUGAAGCUUGCUACACUACCUUACCUCCGGCUCAGACUCCAGGACCAGAAUGUAAGUGUAUUGUUUUUGAAGUUUGAAGGUGUUCUGAUUAUCUCAUCUGCCCCACUGCAUCACACAGGCUCAGGAAAUGUCAUUCAUUCCAUGAAGGUGUUGAGUUACAAUAUGUUUUGGUGGGUUUUUUAGCAAAGCAUUAUUAUUUAUCUUAUAUUCUUCAGAUGAUGGAAGCAUCUGCCUCAUCUGAUGUCAAGUACUACUUGGAAUCAAUAAUGGGCAAGGAAACAAGAGCAAUCUGGCCUAACUGUAGCAAAAAUGUUUGUUCCUUUUGUACCUGUACUGUGUGUAACAACUUUGCUGCUCUCCUUUAUUGCAAACUUAAACGAGAGAGUGCAAAAAUAAACUGAAAAACUUGUAAUUAGUCAGGAUAUCAAAGGAAAUAACCUGAAUAAAACAAAACCACAACCUAUCUAGAACAUGCAGAUCAUGGGAUAAUGUCACAUAUUUAACUUUCUGAUUGUUUGCAUGGUUUAUUAGCUUAGAAGGAGUUGUGUGCCAGUCCUGCUGCUUCCAUCACUUCUGAUUAUGGGGCAGCCUAUGAAAGCAGCUGGGACACAUGUGCGUUCUACUGUUCUAGGGCUGGUGGUGCCAGUACAAGCUUUGUUUUUCAAUAGAUGUGGCCUCUCAACAGUGCCUGUAAUGCCUUUGCAAAGCUUUUAGCAAAACAUGUUUGCAGUGUAUGUCACGUGUCCUCCCAUGCUUCCAAUUUGUGGAGUCCAGGAAUCUAAGGUAGAAGUGACAGAAACUGAAUUGAACAAAGGGUUCGUUGGAGAAACUUGCCAGAUGUCACAUUGGCAAGCGUGUCAGGAUACGGCUUGAGUGAAAGGGUCUGGCAUCAAUGUCCUUCCACAUUAUUGAGAUAAUUCAGUUGGGUGACUACAGGGAUUCUUUGCAUUUUAUGAGCUGCAAAUACGUGGAAGUGCUACAAGAAUGCCUCACCUUGCUCUUGUAAUUCUCUGUCAGAUCCCUAAACUCCAACACGUCCUAUUUUCUAGCACCACAUUUGGCUCAUCUGACAUUUCCUCACUCGAGCUGGAGUGAGCCUUUUCCAUAGCCUGGUCCAGCCUGACUUAAGCCAUGCUCAAUUCUAGCCCUGCUGUGCCAGAUGGAUCUGGGUUUAGAGUCUGCAGUUUCCUAUGACUUCUUAUUUCGGUGUCUGCUUUGUCAUGUUGUGUUUUUUUCCCCCUGUCUGAACUUGAAUGUUCUCUGUUGCAGUGGAAUAUCAGGCAACAGCACAACGAUGUCUCAUGGAAGGCAGGCAGAGUAGGGUAUUUAUACUCCACGUUUUAGGGCUGAGCCAAAGCUGCAUCACUCUUGUGAAAGUGAAAGAUGCAAUUUUGGGCUAAAAUGUAAGAGCACAGUUACAAAAAGUUAAUGAAGGCCAGGGUUAGUAGGGAUGGGAAUUGGGCUGCCCACCAGCCCCUCCCACAGAUCUCUCUGAUGGCUGUUGUGCUGGAAGAGAAGCACAAGGGUUCUCCUUGUAUCCCUUCGGAGCACCACUUCUUGCUUUCAUCGUGGAUUCCUGCCCCCCCACCCCAGCAAACAGAAACGGUGAGAAUGUAGAUUUCUGGAAUGAGAUAUUCUGAUAUCAUUCUCCCCUUGUCUGAUAUAACAAUACAUAUAAAAUGUGAAGAAAAAGACAAAGAAGACAUCUUAAAAAUGUGUGUGCACCAUAGCAGGUGAUUCCUGCUGAUACAAGAAGUAGGUUACUACUACAAAAACUGGAAGAUUUUGAUUUAAGCUUGAUCAAUGGCAAUUGUAUAAGCUUGCAUAUCUUAUAGUGAGAUAUGCUUUGAGCUAAAGCAACUGUUUCAUCUAAAAGAUGACCAGUCUUACAAAGAACAGACCUCCUGUAAGAUAAGACAAGGAAGUAGAGAAGCCACAUUGCUGUGCUAGCAGAAAAGGACAAGUUUGGGCUGCACCUCCCUUAAGGUUGAAAGUUUACCAAUGAGGAAGACUUCAAGCCUUCAUCUUUGGAACCCCAGGAGGGUCCUCACAACCACUCAAAGGACCAACUGUGCAUGCAAACAAGGCGUGGAGGUAUGUUAAUGAGGUCUCAAAAUAUGAAUAUGUAAAGCAUUUGGGGGAGAUGAAAUGAAUGUGCAUAGAUCUGCAACAUAAAAGGUGCUGGGUGGCCACUCCGCAGAGUCACAGGGACUGGCACCAGGACCAUGCUCGUGCUGGUGCCUGUGACCGUUACAGUGCCAAUGUCCAGGCUGGUGCCUGUGCCCAGUGCCGAUGCCCAUGAUGGUGCUCAUGCCCAGUGCCAGUGCUUAUGCCCGUGAUGGUGCCUGUGCCCAUGCUGGUGUCCA